AAGCCUGAUAUCUUGCAUUUAGUGGCCAUUUUGGCCAUAUUCCACAUUUUUACUGUGAUGUAGUUGUACCAGGGUUUUUAUCGGAUCAACGUCAAAUUGAGAUGAGUGUCAUGUUGGCUUCAAAGUCAAUAGACUGUUCCUUUUGGGAUGACGGUACAUCAUAGGAAUGUUUAAAGGUGCUGAUUCACCUGCGUCUUGAAUAAAGGAUGAAAUCGUGGGACCGGAACUUAAGUCCAAAAACUUAGCAGCCAUAUAAUGGAAUCUCAGUCUAAUUUGAGGUAUAGUUUCAUUGCUGUAAAUCUUUAGAAUAUAUCAUCUGAAGGGCGACGUAGAACCUUUUUGUGGAUUGGUUCAAGUUGUAAGUAUGCUUGUUUAUUUCAACUCUAAAGACGCCUCUCAUUAGCACCAAAGUCCCCUGAACUUCCUGUCAUUUACAGCAAAGAAGCUCAUGGGUGGUGCAUGUUUAUGUGACUUUAAUUUUAAAUUGAUUUCUUGUUCACCUAAAUCUUACACACUGAACCUUUAUAUUUCCCAAUUUAAGUUGUGAUUCUGAAUCCAGUAUGGUUGAAAAAUAAAAAUGGUUUCUUGUCUUUUAGGAGUUUUACGGCAUCUUUAUCCUAGAAACGGAAGUCUCUAUGACAGCUUCCUUGGCAACAAGAAGCUCCCCGGCUGACGCCAUGUUCAGAUAAAUAUUGUUCCUGUCGGGAAUUCUAACGUUAUUUUACAGAAUUGUUUAAAUCUGUUAACGCAUCUUCCUGUGACGCAGUUACAAUUCACCAGCUAGCUGCUGCGUUAUCAUUAGCUAGUGAAGCUAAAGGAGCUAAGCUACUACCGGUGGUCUCCAUGUCCCUGUGAGGAGAUGAUCCGCUGGGGUCGCGUCCUGCUCGUGGCUCUGUGUGUGGGGGUCGCGAACGCAGUCACAGACUCGGGGGUCUCUUCGACCACCGGCCCGACGGAUGGAGGAGCUGUCACCGCCGCGACCCCCGCUGCUGGAGGCACAUGGGACCCCACCGGGGUGUGGACCACUGGGGGGACCGAGGCAGGGUUCACCCAGGGGACCGAGGCUGGAUCCACUCAGGGGACCGAGGCUGGAUCCACUCAGGGGACCGAGGCUGUGUCCCCUGAAGCCGCCGCUGGGUCCACCGAGUCCCCCCCUGCAGCCCCUCUCCAGCGGGCGUGUCUCUGCGAUUUAACCCCGGACUUCUGUGAUAUCGGCUGCUGCUGUGACUCGGUGGAUUGUGGCGUCGCUAACUUGAGUACAGUUUUCACUGGAUGUCCUCAGAAAGCCAUAUCAGGAGUUUGCAUUGAGAAGUGGCUGAUGUUCCGGGCUAACGUGGAUUCAUCUCUGGUCACUGAGACGGAUUCCCUGUUUUGUGUCCGGUCUGAAGAUAAAGCAGCCACAUCUUUCCAAGCUCUUCCUCCUUAUCCUGCACUAGGGGCGUCAUACCACUUCUCACCACCAGAGCCUACGAGCAGCAGCCACAGCCGACCUUUCUACAGGGUUGAUGAUGUCAUUCAGACAUAUUUCUCCAAUUCUUCAGUGAGGGGUCUCCUCCGUCAGCCGUCUCCAGGGGCUGCCGCAUCAUUUUGUAUCAGCCGCAACCCUGCAAAGUUCUUGAGGUCAACUUCUCUGUCCUGCACCCGCAUGUUGACGCCUCAGUCGUGUUCCUCAGACCCAAAUCUCAACGCCCGCUCCUACUUCUCUGAUUUAAGUCUAAUCAAGAUUCCAAUCGUUGAGACAACACAAGUGUCAGACUUUCUGAUCCCAGUUGCACCACUGUCCGAGUGGCCUGCACCAGUCCAACUAAACAACUCCUGUUUCAACGUGGUAGAAAAGGUGGAGUUUGUCAUAGGUUACACAGGCAGAGGAGAACUCACGUCUGCAACUGUGAACAUAGUCUUAGGGGAUGUGGAUCCAAAUCAGCUGCUGCUGCAGACUCACUCUGUGCAGUUCCAGCUGGUCUCAUCCAGCCUCACUCCAGGAAGACAGACCCCAGACGGACUCAGGGUGGGAUCUCCUGUCAUUGGUCGCUUUGAUGGAACCAUGGCAACUCUGACCACGCUGAGAUCUCAGGGCGGGGGGUGUUCCAUGGAUCCCAGCGGACGAGCACCCGUCCUCUUCCCAUACAACAUCAUCACUGGCUGCACGUUCAGUUCUCCAGCGAGAGACUGUUUAGAGCUGCGGUCCCAGAUCUACGGGAUCUUGCAGGGACUUGCUACUCCUGACCAGAUCGCCAUGAACUCAGGGUCCAAGCUGAACUGGACGAGAGUCAUCACCCAGGAGUGUCCUGUCGACCCACAGGAAACAUGUGAGUCGGGCUGCCUCCUCCCGAACUCACUCUCUAUCCAAGUCCUCUGGGCUCGCCAAGGUCUCUUACACCUUCCCCAGAACUACAUCCUUGGGGCCAAAUACAUAUUCAAGUGUCGAAAAUUCAAGUGUCCUGUGUCGUCCCCUCUCGUUCUAACCACCGACGUGACGUUUGCCGACACCACAGUUUUCCCCGGCCCCCCCAGGAGCUCGCCUCGGCCCAGCUGGAAGUUUCCUUUCGGUUUCUUCACUAGAGGCAGCGCUGAGCUGGACGGCCACGUUGUUAUUAACCGGAGUGACACUGAGCAGGUCACAUGGAGCUUAGUGCUGUUCACUGUCAUGUCGCUAACAGGAUUAGAAUUCUUCACGAGGUAGCUGGAAGAUUGCUGAAUGUUUAUUUAUUUUUUUAUACAGAGACAUGAAAAUGUUCCAUUCUGCGUCAUCGCAAAAUACUGUGCAUUUGUAACUUUUACAGGAAUAAAUAAUUUUUUA